AUGCGUACGCUUGAGGCCCUCGUUUUCAUUGCGUCGAUUGCUCUUUGCCAAGCCGCGGCACCAGUGGUUGUCAGCACUACUUCUGGGCGCCUUCAUGGUCUUGAAGACAGUGGAGUUAUGGCGUUCAAGGGCAUUAGAUUCGCCCAGCCCCCUGUCAGUUCUCUGCGUUGGGAACCACCAGUUCCGUUUGUCUCCACCGCGGACCACAAUACAACAGUCUUGAGUCCUUCCUGCUUGCAACAAUUUCCUUUUGCCAGCGCGGCCCUGGACGAAUUUCUGUUCAACAACCCCGCAAAUCCACCCGCAGAGUCUGAGGACUGUUUAUUCCUGAACGUUUGGGCUCCUGCACCAUCUAGUCGCAAGCUGCCCGUCUUGGUUUGGAUCUAUGGAGGCGCUUUGCAAUUCGGAACCGCCUCUCUCCCAGCUUACGACGGAGUGUCCAUCGUGGAAAAUCAAAAAAUCAUUUUGGUCACUUUCAACUACCGCUUGAAUGUACUUGGUUUCCCGGGCUCCCCCGACAUACCACUCGGCGGAAACAAUCUGGGAUACCUGGAUCAAGAAUUGGCGCUGCAAUGGGUCCAGUUAAACAUAGCAAAAUUCGGCGGAGAUCCCGCACAAGUGACGAUCAUGGGCCAAUCUGCCGGUUCCCAGUCAGUCAGCACCGCGCUAGCAAGACACGCGCCGGGACAUGCACCAUUUCGUGCAGCUAUACUACUUUCUGGGGCACAAACCAGUAUAUCGCCCAUCCCAUCGUUUUCAUCAUUCAACAAUUUUUCUGUCUCCGUCGGAUGUUCGCAGCAACCUGGUCCAGCGCGCCUGGCUUGUCUGAAGAAAGUACCUGCAUCAGCGAUCCGAAACUACACCAAUGGUCCAACCGGAGCUUCGUUUGAGCCAAUUGUCGACAACGUCACAGUCUUUUCUGACCCGCUCUCCCGCAUCCGCAAUGGCUUGACAGCCAACGUGCCAUUCAUCAUCGGCAACACCCAGAACGACGGCUCGCUUUUUGCGCUUCCGUUCCCGGACCUCACCACCUUCCUGAAUGCUCAAUUUGGCCCGGGCGUUCUUACGACAGCCCAGAUCACACCACUAUAUCCUGGUGUCAAUGCCUCGAGCCUUGUCGCCGAGGUCAUCAAAGAUUUGGUGUUCUUGUGUCCUGCUGAGCUGUGGAGUGGCGCGGCAGUUGGCGUGGGCACGACCGUCUUCCGUUAUACGUAUGGCGCCGUCUUUGCGGACCUUCAAUUAUUCCCUAAUGCUGGUUCUUGGCACAGCACAGAGCUACCUGAAAUUUUCGGAACAUUCAAUCGCACAACUGCGACCGCAGCGGAGGCAACCCUGUCCCAAACGAUGCAAACGGUGAUCGGCAAUUUCGUCAAGAACCCAGCGAUAGCACCAGCGUCCAAGUGGCCCAAGUAUGUCCCUGGUAAACAAACCACAACUCUGGCGAAACUGGCGUACAAUGGGAACGUCGAUCUGAGCAAUCUUGUCGAGGCUGUUGAAAGUGAUUCAAUUGAUGGCCCAUGCGACGCUUUUUGGAACAAGUUUUUGGACGUCAGAGAAUGA